AUGGCCGGCGAAACGCUUGGGCUGGUCGGCGAGAGCGGUUGCGGUAAGAGCGUUAGCGCGCUCUCCCUCAUGCGCCUCAUUCCGGACCCGCCCGGGAAGACCGUGGGCGGCGAAGUCCUGUUCGACGGCGAGGACAUCCUGCAGAUCGACAUGGACGAUAUGCGCCGGAUACGCGGCGCUAAGAUGGCCAUGGUGUUCCAGGAACCGAUGACCUCGCUGAACCCGGUGCUGACCCUGGAUCGGCAGUUGACCGAGACCAUCCAGUUGCAUCUGGGCAAGAGCCGGGACGAAGCGCGCAAGGACGCGGUCGACCUGCUGGUCAGGGUGGGGAUUUCCGACGCGGAGCGCCGCAUCCGGCAAUACCCACACCAGUUCAGCGGUGGCAUGCGCCAGCGCGUUAUGAUCGCCAUGGCGCUGAGUUGCAACCCGCAGCUCAUCAUCGCUGACGAGCCCACCACGGCAUUGGACGUGACCAUUCAGGCCCAGAUCCUGGAAUUGAUGAAAUCCCUCACCCUGGAUCUGGGGGUCGCGCUCAUCAUCAUCACGCACAACCUUGGGGUCGUGGCCCGCUAUGCAGACCGGGUAAACGUGAUGUACGCCGGCAAGAUAAUCGAGCGCGGCUCGGCGCUGGAGAUCUACACCAACCCGCGCCAUCCUUACACCGUUGGAUUGCUCGACUCGGUGCCGCGCUUGGACCAGCGACUGACCGAUCAAGAGGGCCAGGCUGCCAAGUUGGUGCCCAUUGAAGGACAGCCACCAGACAUGCCCCAAACUGCCGCCACAACGCCAGCAGCCGAAGAUGUGUUGCUGGACGUCCGCGGCCUCAAGAUGUACUUUCCGGUAACUUCGGGCAUCCUGUUCCAACGGGCGGUUGCCUACAUCAAAGCCAUUGACGGCGUUAACUUCACGGUGCGUCGCGGCGAGACACUGGGGCUGGUUGGCGAAUCGGGUUGCGGCAAGACGACCACCGGACGCUGCAUCCUGCGUCUUUACCGGCCCACCGAAGGCGAGAUUUGGUUCAACGGCGUUAACAUCGCACAGUCCAAAACCGGCCAGAUGCGGGCGAUGCGUCGCCAGAUGCAGAUCAUCUUCCAGGACCCAUACAGCUCGCUGAACCCAAGGAUGACCGCCGGCAACAUUAUCGGCGAGCCCCUGGCGGUGCACGGGCUGGUCAACAACAAGCGCGAGUACCGCGAGCGGGUGGCCGAACUGCUCAACAACGUCGGCCUGAACCCGUACAUGGCCGACCGCUUCCCCCACGAGUUCAGCGGCGGACAGCGGCAGCGCAUCGGCGUCGCCCGCGCCCUCUCCGUUGACCCCGACUUCAUCGUGUGCGACGAGCCGGUUUCGGCGUUGGACGUGUCCAUCCAGGCGCAGAUCAUCAACCUGCUGGAGGACCUGCAGGAGCGGUACAACCUUACUUAUCUGUUCAUCGCCCAUGACCUCUCCGUGGUGCGCCAUAUCAGCGACCGCGUGGCGGUGAUGUACCUGGGCAAGAUCGUUGAAGUCGCCGACCGUAACGCCAUCUACGAGAACCCACAGCACCCUUACACGCGCGCGCUGCUGUCGGCGGUGCCGAUUCCCGACCCGGUGCUGGACGCUCAGCGGGAACGGAUCAUCCUUACCGGCGAGGUCCCCAGCCCGCUGAACCCGCCCAGCGGUUGUGUCUUCCACCCGCGCUGCCCGAUUGUCACGGACGAUUGCUCACGGGUGAACCCGGAGGCCAGGCAGGUCCUGCCGGACCACAUCGCCGCCUGCAUCAACGUGCCGGGGUACGGACCCUACUGA